AAAUUCUCAGAAAUUUCUUAAGAAUACUCUUAAGUCGCUAAGAAAAUUCUCAGCUAAGAGUUACACUUAAAAGUGUAGUUAUAAUGACUCUGAGCGUAACUCUUAGCUAAGAGGAAAAGGAAACUCUGAGCGUAACUUUUAGAGCUGACAUUGGUCGUAACCAGGGGAUUCCCUGUGCUAUAUUUAGAAUUUAAAGCACUCUUCCGGUUUGGAGGCGAAACUUUAUACCACGUGACUGUCACAUGAUGUAAACAAGCAGACGUGAAUCUGACAUCUGUCAAAACUUCGCGCGAUGGAUUCAUCACACAUUGUUUCGAUGAAACGCAAGCCAAAUUGGACAUCUGACCAGUCAUUGCUGUUGGUCCGACUUGUUGAUGAGCGGAAGUCAAUCAUCAAGGGCAAGUUUGGACCGGGAGUAACAUCAAGAAUGAAGAAGGAGGCAUGGGGGGAGGUGGCAGCCAAUAUCAACGCUGCAUUUCCUAACGUUGUUAGGUCAAGCGAUGACUGCGAGAAAAGAUGGUACAACAUCCAGUCCAAGUCAAGGCAAGAAAUAUCUGCUUUCAAGAGACAGCUCAGUGGCACUGAAGUCAGGAAGCUGCUGUCGUUGAAGCUGGGGCCCACUUGCCCCUGGAUGUGCUAG